ACCCCCGCCGAUGGGCCGGCCCGGCUCUCCCUGCCGAGAAAUGGGCCGGUCCGGCGGCGGUCGGGCAGCGGCGGCGGCGGCGGCUCAAGAUGGCGGAGCUGCAGCUGGACCCGGCGAUGGCGGGGCUGGGAGGGGGUGGCGGGAGCGGGCUAGGCGACGGGGGCGGCCCAGGACGCGGGCCCCCUAGCCCUCGCCCGGUUGGCCCCACGCCUCGCGGACAUAGCCGCCCGCCAGCUGCCGCCGCGCAGCCACUGGAGCCGGGUCCCGGUCCGCCCGAGCGGACAGGGGGCGGCGGCGCAGCCCGCUGGGUCCGGCUGAACGUCGGUGGCACCUACUUCGUGACCACCAGACAGACCCUGGGCCGGGAGCCCAAGUCUUUUCUCUGCCGUCUCUGCUGCCAGGAAGACCCGGAGCUGGACUCUGACAAGGAUGAGACAGGGGCCUAUCUGAUUGACAGAGAUCCCACCUACUUUGGUCCUAUCCUAAACUACCUCCGACAUGGGAAACUCAUCAUUAACAAGGAGUUGGCAGAAGAAGGUGUUCUGGAAGAAGCGGAGUUUUACAACAUCGCGUCUCUGGUGCGACUAGUUAAGGAAAGGAUACGGGACAAUGAGAACAGAACUUCACAAGGCCCCGUGAAGCACGUAUACAGAGUCCUGCAGUGUCAAGAGGAAGAGCUUACACAGAUGGUCUCCACUAUGUCCGAUGGUUGGAAAUUUGAACAGCUCAUCAGCAUUGGGUCUUCCUAUAACUAUGGAAAUGAGGAUCAGGCAGAAUUCCUCUGUGUUGUCUCCAGAGAACUAAAUAAUUCUACCAAUGGCAUCGUCAUAGAGCCUAGCGAAAAGGCAAAGAUUCUUCAGGAGAGAGGAUCUCGGAUGUAAAUGAAGAAUCUGACAUGCCAGAAAUCUAAUGGUCAAGAGAGCAAUCCAGCAGAGCGCCUCUCUGAAGUUACUCCUGCUCCUGUACAGUCACCGAGCUACUGCCAAGCAAAGCCAGGCCUGGCCCCCAGUGGAGAAGUGUUCUGGUCAAAACCAAAGGAACUCCCACCCCCACUCGCAGGAAUCCGGAAACAGAUGCGACUCCUGGCUGCAGAGUACCUUUUCAGAAACCUGCUUUUGUUUUCUUAGCCAGUAUUCUAACAAAUCUUUACCACAGCCGCUGGGCCCGGUUCCCAGUUGGAGCCUUUAUGGGGGCCUGGGGGAAGGGGAAGAGGAAGACCCAGCUCCUUAUAAAUGGCCUGUACUGCAAGGACCUGGAGCAGGAUUUGUGAAAGAGGAUUUGUCCCUGAGCUGUGCCAUGUUUUCAUCCGUGGGCCCAGGUGGACUUUUGCGGCUGCUUUAUAAUGCCGUGUCCCUUCCUUUGCUCCCUCAGUGCAGCAGAUGCAGAGAACUCCAGCUUCAGUUGGUCUCAUUGUAUUGAGGCUUUGGAUAAAGGAUAGAGUUGCCUAGAAUACCUCAUUACUCCUUUUGAACGAGAGCCACUUGGAGGAGAGGGAGGCUGGGUGUUCUCUUCCCCAGGGUCUGUGAUGUGGCCCAAGGCUGACAGCUGCUGCUGGGAAUCCACGCCAUGGUCUGCUCUCCUCAGCUUUGCCUCGUUAGUCCCUAGCAGCCUGGACCCCCCAGAGAGUUGGCUUUCUUCCCAAGAAGAGGUUUGAGAUGGCUGCAUCCUGUGCUGACUCGGACAGCUGGAGGAACAGGGCUGUGGUUAGUUGAUAGAACUGCUUCAGCAGCCUCUUCUCACCCCCGUUUACCCUGUCUUCCUUCCCUGUCCUUCUAACCUGGACCAAGGAUAGAGGGACUUAUAGACGCUCUGGUGAACUGGGGUGGGGAAUGGUGUUUCUUGGAAAGUUGCCAAAUGUGUUGUUGUAUCCCAAAGUGUUGUUAUUUCCGUGACUGUCCCUUGGAACUGCCUUGACUGAACGUGCGAUUCUUGUGCCUCCCCUGGUUUCUUAGGUUGGCAAGCCUGGUCCCCGUGGCGUGCCAGCUCUGUGCUACCCCAGCAGUAUAGGAGCCGGCGGGCGGUCCGCGGGGCACUGCAGCUCUGAGCCACCCCCACCUUGCUCCUUUCUAUGGGCGCCUCGGUGCCGAGAACCAAGUCUUUGUUAAGCCCUCCUUUGAGCCGAGACCAUAGAGCUUGUGUCUGGACUUUCUCCCUGAGCUUCUGAGUCUCCGUGAGCAGUCCUGGAAUGUAAAAAGCCGGAGGAUCCUUAUUUUUCCCUGGGUAACUUCAGUAGUUUGGCAAAUUGUGUGGAGAAUGUGCCUCUGGGAAACGCUCCACCUGUAAAAGGCCACAACGCAGGCCAGUCACUCCUGGUACUUUCAGAGCAGAGGUUCUCUGUCUGCACAGCUCAACUGCUUAAUAGGCAGGUGGAGGGGAGUGGUUUUUGUGAAAGACUGUUAAGUGUCUUUUGAGCUUGUGAUCUGACCAAGCCCAGAUGGCGUAACUCUGCACUAGGAACCUCGCUGUUUUCCUUCUUUCUCUGCAUCUGUAGAGUAGGAUAGAAAUGUGUGUACCCAAGGUGCCAGGGGUUUGCUGAUACCUAUCUCUCUCCUCACGGAUGUAAGUAUACACGCUGGCGCCUCAGAAGUCUGGCCCAUGCCUAGUGUUUUCACAGCCGUAAAGUGUUAGAACUUCUACCUACGGUGGAAGCAGUCACCCCUUCAAAAAGGUUACAGACACCCAUCCUGUCAUAUCUUUUAGGGAAAACAAAGAUUUCGGUGGAGUCAAGGAAAAGUAAAACAGUAAGAGCUGCUGGGACCAGAGCAGGAUGGGGCUUUGGGAGAGGCACUUUUUGGCCAGUUAGAACAAGUGAUGUGUGACUGGCUGGGAGGAAGAGAAGCUUCAUUUUGGGUCUGUGCCCAUCAUGGCUAAUUCAUUUAGGCUCCUGGUCCCUCUCUGCCUCCUGGGGCAUGCCUGGUAGUCAGCAUGAGCUGGGGUGGAUGCCUUAGGUCCCAACCCCAACCUUAUUACCAAGGUCACCAAGGAGAGAGUUGGGCUGGAGGGCAGACAUUGGGCAGGGACCUUAUGGAUGUGUUUUUAUUCUUUUCAGAAUUCCACCACGGGUCCUGUGAAAAGACUGCAGUUGAGCCCCAGACUAAGCGCUCUGAGGAGCACACAAAUGACACAACUCUUAGAGGGUGGCUUUCACCAAGACCCCUCCUCAUGGCAGCCCAGUGACAAUUGGAAUUGUCCCAGUGCUCUGGGAGUCUGAGGAUGAGUCAUUCUUUAGGGCUUCUGGGGAAAUGUUUCACUGAAGUCCUUUAUGAACCAAGGUGGUGGUCUUUCUUGGAAGCUUUUCCCCCAGAGAGUCUGGCUGAUAGCUUCAGAGUGUGUCUGCCCAUCAGUCUGGGGCGUCGGGUGUCAGGUGACCAGUGCCACCAGGGAGAGCGUGUCUUCCUGCCUUCUCUGCCCCAGGCGCGAGGCCCAGGGAGCAGCCUGGCAUCUCGUGCUGUGACAGGUGGUUCUGCUUCCCUUUCCUUAGAAGCUGGUCCUUUUCCUUGGCAGCGAGGUGGGGCCCUACCGUCUCCGAAGUGACUUCGUUUCUGCACAUUUGUAACUGAUCUCAGGGUGUCAGCAAGGUGUGGGGGGAGGGCUGGAGCUGCUGAGGCCAUAGGGCGCGAGGACAUCGCCCCUUCAGCAUGGCCUUUGACCCAGUGUUAGGUGCCGUGCCUGUUACCUGUUGGUGCCCUUUGCUGCCGCCUGUGUGUUUGAAAAAAGUCUGAAAUGCUGUGACUUCUUUUGUCAAUAAAGACAAUGACGCAAACUUAAGAA